AAUUCUUUGAAGGUUAUGAGGGCCUAUGUGUGCGUGAACUGUGUGUAUGUGUGCGUGGACUUUAUGUAUGUAUGUGUGCGUGUACUAUGUAUGUAUGUGAGCGUUACGUACGUAGGUUAAGUACAGGGAAUUUAACACCAGGCUGUCAAUUAGUAGGUUCAAAAAUUUGACAGAGAGGGUUCUCUAUUUCCUAUGUAUUACUUUUCUCUAUGUUUCAAACUUCAUCAUCAGCUGUUCGUGUUUGUGUUUUGCUUGUUUAAUAGGUACGUAAUGGAAAAAGAAACUGCCAGUAAACGUGUCGGCACUGCUACAAGAGGCAGAAAACGUAAAACUUCAGAUGGUGAGACUUCUGAAUCCGAGUCCAAAAGGAAAACUACAGUAAAAUCUAAAAUAAGUGAUCAAGAGCCAAAAACUAAGAAACCAAGGCUUAAAAAAGAGCCAAUAGUAAAAGAGGCAAAACAAAAAGUAAUUAAAAAAUCGUUAAAAGAAAAUACUGAGAUGGGUUUAAAUAGCUCUAAAAAAGUAAUUGAAAAGCCAUCAAAAGUAAUUACUGAGAUGGGUUCAAAUAGCUCUAAAAAAAGUGAUAGUUACGAUGGAAAUUCUACAAUGUGGGAUGAAGCAGAAAUGCUUUCACUUCACCAGAAGAUACCAAAGAAACUGGCCGAAAACUUCAUAGAGUUGCUGGAAGAAGGCUGCACAUUACCCUUUAUAGCGAGGUAUCGAAAAUCUGCUGUGGACCACUUGAUGCCUGACAAACUUCAAGAAUUGUUUGAAUGCUACCAAAGUGUUUCCCAAUUGAAAAAGAAAGUUAAAUCAGUCAUAGAAACUCUAAAAAAGUCAAAAAAGUUAACUCCAGACAUAGAAAAGAGCCUAUUAAAUGCAAAAAACCUGUCAGAAGUAGAUUUAGUGUAUGCUCCCUUGAAAUCGCACUCUUUAUCAUUGGCUGAAAGAGCCCGAAACCUGGGUUUAGAACCUCUUGCAAUUCGUGCCUUGAACGGCGAAUUUAUAGAUCUCAAAACGGUUUGCACUGAUGACGAAGAGUUGAGCACUCCUGAAAAAGUAGAUGCUCACAUCACACAUAUUAUCGCUGACAUUAUUUAUAAAGAUACAAGAGUGCUUGAACAAAUGAGGAACUUGAAAGAAGAAACUAGAUUUACAAUCCAGAGUAGCAGAACCAAAACUUCAACAAAAGAAAAAGAUGAUGGUAAAAAAACUGAUUCUAAGUCUGACCCAGAGACAUACAAGUUGUAUUUUGAAUGGAAAUGUCCCAGUCAAUUCAUUAAGCCCCAUCAAACAUUAGCAUUGAACAGAGGAGAAGAUGAGAAAAUCCUCAUUGUUAAAGUGGUUGUCCCUGAUUGGUUUUAUAAUAGACUGGAAAGAUUUUGCCUUACCCUGUGGAAAAGUAAUUUCUGGGUACGGAAGGGUCUGAUCGACGCCUACAAUCGUCUCAUAAAGUCAUGGCUGUCAAGACAAGUCAGAUCUGACCUUACGUCGCAAGCGCAAAAGGAAGCAGUCAAGACCUUCACCACUAACAUGGAGAAAUACCUUCUGACUGAGCCAGUGAAGAACAGAACCAUUGUAGGAUUGGAUCCAGGGUUUAGAGCUGGUUGUAAGGUGGGGAUAAUUAAUCCUAAUGGAGACAAGCUGGAUGCCUGCACCAUUUAUCCUAAUUUGCGACACAUGAAUCAGAAUGAUGCGGCAGCGAAACAACUGAGAGGUCUCAUUGCGAAAUACAAAGUAGAACUGAUCGGAUUAGGCAACGGUACAGCGUGUCGUGAGACAGAAUUGUGGUUGAAAUCGCAUAAAAUUUCAGAAAACAUUCCUAUUAUUAUUGUGCCUGAACAGGGCGCAUCUAUUUAUUCUAUAAGCAAAGAAGCUCAAAAGGAACACCCAAAUAUGGAUCCUAACUUGAUAUCGGCUUUGUCAAUAGCAAGAAGAGUUUUGGACCCAUUAGGAGAAUUAAUAAAGGUUGAUCCUAAAAAUUUAGGAGUAGGAUUGUAUCAGCAUGACAUUCCUCCUAAAAUGCUGGAAUCUGCAUUGGACUGUGCUGUGGAGAAAGUCGUGAGCUUAGUGGGUGUGGACAUCAAUACCGCAUCGCAAGCUAUGUUGAGACGAAUAUCUGGACUAAAUGAAGGUAGAGCGACCAAAAUUUUGACCUACCGCCAAGAAAAUGGCGGUUUCAAGAGCCGCGCAGAAAUCCUGAAGGUUGGCGGCAUUGGGAAGAUAACCUAUCAGCAGUGCGCCGGGUUUUUGAAGGUGUUGGGAGGGACUGAGCCUUUAGAUGCGACUAUUAUACAUCCAGAAAGUUAUAGUAUAGCUAAACUAUUCGCAAAGAAAAUCGGAGUCAACAUCAAAGAUCUUUCUCAACCCAACUUCCCAAGUUUGGUAGAAACAAAAACUGCGUCCAUCAACAUAGAAUCUACAAGCGCAGACUUGAAAACCGACACUUGCACACUGGAGCUCAUAAUAAAUGCCUUUAAACAGAAGUCCUAUGAAGAUAACGUCAUCACCUUCUGCAGACCUGUGUAUUCUUUGACUGUGCAGGCUAAAGAUGAUAUUCAAGAGGGAAUGACACUCACAGGCGUAGUCCGUAACGUGGUACCGUUCGGUUGCUUUGUCGACUGCGGAAUAGGAGACAACGGCCUCAUCCACCGAAGCAAUCUUGGCGCUAACCAGACGCCCAAACUCGGCGACCGAGUCUCCGUCACUGUGAUACCUUCAACGAAGGCCAACAAGCUGCAGUUAAAGUUGGAGAAGAUUCUAGACUGAUCGGUAAAUGUUUAAGUAUGUUUUUAUCGUUAGUGUUAGGCUAAGUACAGAUGGGCGCGAUAACGUGCGAUCAUGUAACCGGUCUUAUGGGUCGCUCAAAGAAAGUUGAGGCAAACACGUACUGAUGUAAUAUUUGAAUAUAGAACACACAACACAUUCAAGUUCAAAUAUCGUCAGAAGGGGAAUACACUAGCUAUCUAUCACGCUCUUGUUAAAUGUCUGCAAGCGAGACAGAAAGCAAUUGUCAGUUCGACUACGCAAAACGUCAGCGCAGACAGCGUAAACAGACACAAUCUUUGCUUGUGUUGAUGGCUUCAACUCUUGUUGAGCGACCUAUAAAAGAACAUCUAGCCUAGGCGCAGACCAUCGAUUUUUCGUCGGCCGAUAGUUUAGUCGGGCAGCUGAUCAGUAUGGGCAUGUAUGGAAGUGCGCACAUUACACCGAUUUGAUUUGGCCGAUUCUGAAAAUCGGGCCCAACUAUCGGCCAACUAAAAAUCGGUGGUCUGCGCCUAGUCUUAAGGUGCUCCCUCACUUGGAGCAUUUGCCUGUAAUAUAACUGAAGUCUGAAGCCUUAAGCUGUCAAUUGCAGACUGACUACCUAAUUGGUAAAUGUUUAUGUAUAUUUUGAUUGUUAGUGUUAAGAAUAAUUAUAAUAAUUUUAUCGUUGAUUAUC